AUGGCGGGCGAGGUAACCCGCGCUCGCAAAGCAGAUCGCAAGGGCGUUCACGCUCGCACUCGUGCGGAAGAUCGCGCAGCUGUGGACGCUCUUGUGGCCUUACCACCUCCUACGCCGGGAAGACCGCUUCUUGAAACCGAUGUAGAUCAUCAAAGCAUCCCGCUCACAGAAAAAUUUAGUGCCAUCACUGCCACGCCUAUGCAACCAGAGCCGAUUGGUGCACCCAGUCGUCCAGGCGAGCACACAAGGAGGCGUCGACAAGUGCUGUUCAGAUUCUUCUGGCCUGACACUACACACUGA